AUGCGUCGUCGCUCGCUCCUUAUUGCGUUCUUGCUAUGCAUCGACCAGGUUGCAUGUUUGGAAGCCGUCGGUGUCCUCAAUCAGUCAUCCAUAUUUAACAAUAAUCCGUCAAAGAACUGGGUCGUCCUUGCCGCUGGUACAAAUACCUGGGAUGAAUAUCGACAUCAAGCGGACAUUUUCCACGCGUAUCAACUCGUGCGUAAAAACAAAGUUCCGGCGGAGAAUAUAAUUACCUUCGCCUACGACGAUAUUGCAUAUCAUCCCAGGUAUAUAUCGCGUGCAAUUUUCGCCAUAUGGUAUCAACUAUAUUGUAGAUACGCGCUUCGUUGUUUGGCUUUAACACUUCUCAUUUUUGUACCGUAUUUCUCAUGGAUAUACGAUGUCACACGGGAGAACUUCGUGAAAGUAUUAAAAGGCGAUCAGAAACUUGCAGCCAAUAAGAAGAAGGUGCUGAAAAGCGGUCCUGAUGACAAUGUGUUCAUCUUCUACUCUGGCCAUGGUUUGAAAUCCCUUAUCACCUUCAUAAAACAAGAUCUGUAUGCCAUGGAGUUGAACGAUACCCUCGCCUACAUGCAUUCGAACAGAAUGUACAACAAGUUGGUGUUAUACGUGGAGGCUUGCGACUCUGGCUCCAUGUUUCGCGAUAUUCUUCCUUCAAAUAUGGGAAUCUACGUGACAACAUCAGCCAACGAAGAUGAAAAAUCCUGGGGUGUUUUUUGUGACGACAAGGACAUCGAAAUUUGUCUAGCAAACGAAUACUCGUAUGCCUGGAUUACAGAUUCGGAAUACAAGGACAUAAAAAAGCGUACACUUGAGCAACAAUACGAGGAGGUAAAAAAGAGGACAAAGGAUAGUCACGUGAUGAAAUACGGUGAAAUGGCGAUGGGAAGUCUCCCUCUUGGAAAAUUUCAGGGUCAUUUUGAUCUACUGAUGCACGGGAAUGACGGCGCGAUACCACCGAAUGCUGUAGAUAGAAAACCCUCAUUCCAGGCGCAUUUCUUUUCAAAGUCUCGACGUUUGAUGGAGGCCGCAACCGAGAAAGUCCGUGAAACCGCUUGGCGAAAGCUGCACCAUGCACUGCAGGUUUGUAUUUCCUUUUUUGAAUUCACGAUAAAAUAUCAUUUUAGUAUAGGGUUUAUUUUUGUGGUGGGGAACUUUCAUCAAGGAUGUAUGGGAGCCGGUAAACGUCAUCAGUUCAAUAUUUCAGCGGCCGUUUCUGGAAGCUACGCAAAAAUCCAACGUCCCCGGGGUAGCUCAGCACGCAAUUCAUCUAAUGGAGCUAUGCAAAGCCGGAUACGAGGCCGAAACCCUCAUCGACUCUGUCCACAACAUCUGUUCCUAAGGGGCACGCAUCGUCUUGUAUGUUUAGCCAACUUUCCGUAUUGUGUCCUGUCAUCGUUACAAGACAUGUGUUGUGUUUUUCCAUAAAACAAUCAGUCCG